AUUAAAUCAGCACAUCAAAUGAGAAAACCAUAUAUUAUAAUGAGAAUAAUUAUUUUCUUAUUCUGUAUGUUGAAGACAAGGAGGUGCAAACAGGUUCCUCUCCUAACACAGAAACGUAUGUUCAACAAAAAGAGCAGUUCAUACACAUGCCAUUCUGCAGGGACCCAAGGAAAUUUCCUUCAGGAAAAUCAUCCUUAGAUCAAGACAGGCAGAGGAAACUUCAUAACCAGAAUAAUGUGUAUCAACCAAGCGACUGUUCACAGUUACCUACACUCCAGUACAGAAAUCUGAAGGCUUAUGGCUACAAAAAGACCGAAGUAUACAAUCCUGGCAAAGCCAGGCGCCUUGAGCAGAAAAUGAACGAGAGAUCAAUGAAUACCACAAACAACAGAUAUUCACAAAGCAUCAGAGCAGAGUUAAGGAAGUAUUCUGGAGAUAAUGAGUGGGAACCUAUAAGUCCCAUGAACAAACAACCAUUAUGCAACUUAACAAAUAAAUUCAAUUGUCAUGGGCUUAUUGGGAACUCUCAGUCUGGAAAUGCAGGUGAUUGGAUACACUAUUCUAGAAACCCCAUAGCAGAAAUGGAGAUGAAAGGCAAGGAAUCAUGUGACACAGACGAAACUGAUAAACCUCCAUUUAACUUCCAGGCAAUGUUGAGAAAAACUAAUGUUACUCGGGCUUCCCUAAGGAGAAUUCAUGACACUGCAUCAGAAGGUAUAACAAGGGAAACCUCUGAUCAGAACUACAACAUAAACUAUUUGGCAAAUGAUAAAAACUAUCUUAGGUCAAGCAGCACCCCACACAACGGCAGCAAUACAUCCAAACACACAAGUCCUACGUCUAAUUUAAGCAAGUGCAGUGCACGAAACCCUUUGAAUGAAAAUGAACACGGGAAUAAAAAAUGUCCUAAGAGUUCCUGGAAGGAAAGUGAACAGCAGGAAAGAUACAAUUCCAUGAUACCUUGGAAUGAUACUGAAAACAGCUCUGACAGCAAGACAUCUCCAUCUGAAAAUGAACAGUGGACCAGAUUUGACCUCAAGAAAUCACAGGCUAAAAAUGAGCAGUACAAAUCCAAUUAUGUAAAUAAAAAUGAGCAGCAGAGUACUGCCAUUUCCAAGAACUACUGGAACGAAAGCAAACUGAAGCAAUCAGAAUCUAUGAAAUUGCAAAAUGAAGGUGAACACUGUAGAAGAUUCAACACUAAUGAGUCUACAAUACAGAAUGAGCAACAUGAAUCAGAUAACAGGCCAGAUUUAAAAAAAUCAUUUAAUGAAUAUGAACAUAAAAGCCCUUCAAAAACCAGAAAGGAGUGGAAAGAUAAAACAGGUAUAACUAUUACAGAACUUGUUCCAGGUCUAAUCAUACAAGGAGAAGUAGCAGAUCUUUAGAAAUCAUGGCUCCUAUUACAGUAACAGUGUUCAUUAAAAUAUUCCAAUUUUAAAAUUAAUUAUUCUUAUACUUCUUUCUUUUUAGCAGUAACCACACAUUAACAGUCUAAAUACAAGGAUGUUGGAGUGACCAGCACAUUAAGAACACUGCAUUCAGACUAACUAAUAAAAACAACUGUAAUUUGCUUAUUCAUGAGUUUUGACCUCUCCACAAUUUAAUUAAGUAUCAUCUAACAGAAAAUAGUAGCAGGUAAAUGUAAUGUUUGUUUAUUAUUAGGAAAAAGUUCAUCAUAGUCUUAAUUAUUUCACUUAUAAUAUCUUCUGCUGAGCAUGUGUGUUAAAUGUACAUUGUAUAAGCUUAGUCUUGAUGAGAAGGAAACCAAAUCAUAGCCUUCUGUAUUUAAUAAACAGUCCAUACUUGAUAUAACAGAAUAAGUAACCACCAUAUAUUUCAAUAUUAACCCUUGAAAUGAAACAGUGUUGUUUAUUAGUUAUCUCCAAUAAGGGCAGUGCACAUAAAUCUGCAACAGUAUGCUAUACUACACAGUUAUGAAUAAUGAGAAAUUGUUUUAGCAUGCUGUGAAUUACAUUCUAUGAUGAAGAAAGCAGUCUUCUGGGAUUUGGCACCGUGUAUAUGUGGUGUC